AACAGCUUUGAAUGUCGUUCGCUGGGGGAAAGGUGCAACAUGGCCUUUAAUGAAGAAGACUGCAAGGUGGCUGGUGGAAUGGGAUAUUUCGUGCUGUGGGCCAUGCAAAACUACAGCAAUUAUCUCGUGCGCAUGGUGUCAAAUAUCGGCAAUGUCCACGGCGCAGUGACGGGAUUUCUCUCCGGUAUGCCUGAAGUGUUCACAGAUGACGGAGAUGUCCCGAAAGACAACACUGUUGGCUCGAUGAGCAUACUUUCCACUUUCCUUCCUGCCGCAGCAUGGGCCGUACCCGAAGCAAAAUUCGUUGGCGCCGGUGUCAGUCUCCUAGGAGGCGUCUUUGGUGCUUUGGGAACGAAUCCACCGCAAUUACUCUUCGACGAGUUCGCUCAAGCAUCAGACGCCCUCAGUCAAUCCAUCAUCUCUUUACAAAAUGCCAUCUACACCAUAGCAAACGACACUCUUAUCGCAGUCCCGAGCAACGCCCCCGGCUACGUGUACGCCAGCGAUGCCCAACAGCUGCCACAGAUCCUCAUGGACGGCGUCUUCGCCGCCGACGUCACCUCAGCCAUUGGCCUCAACCCGCCCGAAAUGAUUGCCGCGCUGUCUAGCGUCGCCAUCAGCUGGCUCUGGAACCACAAAAAGGUAGCUGUCAUCAAGAUCAACGCCGCGCAGUUUGGCGCCGAAGUCUGCGGUGCUACGCCGCUGUGGGGAGAAUACACGCGGUGCGAUGGCGAUGGUAACGCGUACACGCUCGCGCAGUUUGAUCCGUAUGUCAAAAACGGCCAGAAAAGAUCUGCGGAAGGCGAAGCCGAUGGCCUGAAAAAGCGACUCCAGCAUGCGUACCACAACAUUAAAGACCCCGCGGACGGCGUGAGAGGCGUGAGAGGUGUGGAAAAGCUGAGCAACUGUUUUCUCACGCUCGAGCAGGUCGUGCUCUCGAGCGAGUUCACGCAGAGCGUCACCAAGGCUUGGAGGUCGGAGUUAUCGGGCGGCGAUAUGGUCUCGAGACUGGAGGCGAAUGGUGGGUCCCAGGGCCAGGCGGAAUUGUCUACGGCCUUCAACCUCCCUGUGUGCGAUUUAACGCAUAUGAUCCCGAUAAACGCGGCGUAUCUGAAGCGUGUAGGGAACGACGACGGGACUUGUGGUGGAAGCACGGAUUGCUGGAAGAAGACGGUGAUGUAUCUUUGUGGGAAUGCUAAGGAUAUGCCGUAUCAUGCGGAUGGGAUGUCCAACCCCGACGAUGAUGAGUGUUCAGGGGCUAUAUACUCCACUCUUCCGGACUGGUAGAUGGGGAAUUUGAAGAGCUUGAAGGGGAAAAGAAAUGGAGCUUGGCCCUAGCGAGUCUGAGCACCGAUGACGUUGAUGGGCGGUUUGAAUGCAAGAGAUGAAUCACGAGGAACUGGAGGUUCGGCUGCGAGAAGAAUGAGAAUUACAAGAGAUGUAUGUACUUUGAUUUGAUGAGGGAUUCAAUAACGACGGCUUGAAGAAGAAUGGUUGUAUCAUAUUUUAGGGGCAAGUAUACUUCGUGCGGUUUUAGUCAACGUCUAUCAUAUCACAUCUGGC